UUGUCGAUUGGGAUUUUCCACACAAGUUCGAAUUACUAAUAAAGGAACCUAUUCGUUGGAUUUUAGCUCAGAUAUUUACUGAUAAAAGGAAAUACCGCUGCUUAACAUACAUAAACUAUCGUGCGCUUGGUGAUUGUCAAAUUAAACAGAAAUCUCGUACAGUAUGGACACAAAGAGAAGUAACUCUAAAUAUUCAACUACCAGUAUGGCGUAUCACAGCCUUAGUGAGGAUGAUGAUAUCGAAUUUGAUCGAGCCCCACUCACUAACGAACAAUUUGUAGUACAGACGUCUGACAUUGUUCAGAACUCCAAACAUAGCACGGUGAACCUCGGGAUUGAGGAUCUGCUCGAAUCGGGGUAUAGUUCUCAGGAUUUUCACGGACAACUUAAAAAGGUUACACAAAACCAAUUUAUUUGCGAAGAACCCGAGAAAACGCCCAUCCAGUGCUCGGAGGACAACGAAACUGAGGCGAGUGUCGGCGACUUAGUCGGAGACUUUGACCAUCUUAAACUCAGCGCAGAAAAGGAUGACGAAGGGAUAUACUCACUGACGACAGGAAGUGUUUGCUCGGAGAAUGUAAGCGUACCGGAAGACGAAAUAGAGGUGGAUUUAUGGGACAUUGAUGAAGAUGGAGAUACGUUGCUUCAUUUGGCCGUCAUACAGCAUAUGUAUAUGGUUGUGUUAGCGCUUAUUUUUAAGGUCAAGGAGUGUGACUUGCUCGCAUGUUUGAACAUUCAGAACAACUUGCGUCAAACUCCUCUUCAUUUGGCCGUACUGACCGAUCAGCCGGAUGUUGUACGCGCGCUUGUGGAAGCCGGCGCUGAUGUUACCGCGAGAGACCAACAAGGAAAUACGCCACUCCACGUUGCGUGCCGUAAAGGAAGCCAAGACGCUGUGUACACGCUCGUUAAAUCGUUCGGCGAUGACGUAGAUCGGAGGAAGGAGUACUUUGAAAUCAGAAACAGUCAAGGUUUGACGUGUCUGCAUGUCGCUAGUGAAAACAAGGAAUACGAAAUCAUGGGACAUUUAUUUGCACGCGGUGCAGACGUCAACGUUACAGACGGCAAAAGCGGGCGCACCGCGCUCCAUUACGCUGUUGAGAAUAAAGAUCUUCAGACCGUGACGCUUCUGCUUACGCACGCGGAUAUUGACGUGGAUUCUCGGACAUUUAGCGGUGACACACCUGUGGUGAUUGCCUUCUGGAGGAACUAUACUGACAUUUUGAAAAAAUUGAAAACGAACGGAGCGUCGUUCAGCUACGACAUGGUCGAAGAAUCCGACGACGAAGAUUGGUCCUGAGCGAUCGGAACAUCCCCUUCCGACUAGCGCCAGAACGUCGGCCUCAAACAGGCGCACUAGCAUACACAUCCGGCGUGCUCAAUUUAGCCGCUUGUGCGGCCAUAUUGAGCGCAAAUCAAGGGUACCAAGUGGACAUUUUUACCGUGAUAAAAAUCGGGGCCAGUAUCGCAGGAACUAUUAACAGUUAGUGAAAUGUGAGACGAACAUAGCAACUCGCAUUAGAGCUCUUUUGGCCUACCGAAGGCCAUAUCCUCGUGAAGUUGGAUACAAGACUGUGAUUGCCAUUAUGUCUCAAGACGACUUUUGCAUUGUUUAUCUCUUUGAUAAUGUAAUUGACUAUGUUGCCUUUGUGAGAAAAGGAGUUGGUUCGUCAGGAAUAGUUCAGAUCUCAUGUGUUAACUUUCAUUUACACACAGUUUUCAUACAAUAACGUUUUUUUCUGUAUCAUAUAUCAUGUAUUUGACUUAAUGUUUGCAUGUUGAUAAUAUGUUAAAAGACAUUGUAAACUUGUUUUUUUUCUAAAAGAUAUGAUAAUUAUGUGUUGACAGAAUCAUACAUAAAAUGUUAACAAUA